AUGGACGCUUCCGGAGACCUUGGGUUCGACUAUGAUCCGGAUCUUCCUGUGCCCAUCUCCCUGGUGGGCGGAAGAUAUCUGCUUUUCGACGUCAAGAUCGCCACUUUUCUUCGACGGCAGCACCGUGUUUGCGGCACAACCAUCGGUACUCUUCCCUUGAGUCCGUCGCAGAAUCUCUUCCUCGGCGUGCCCGUGGAGGUGAUGCCAGAAGAGGCUCAGCUGCUAGUGGAGAAGGGGGUGGCCUUUAUUGUCGAUGACCCCCGCGCCCAUGACGAGGCACUCCGGUCCAACGAUCGUGCUCGACGCGCAGCAGAUUAUUUGGCGAGACUACAGAAGCAGUCGAAGCAGUUCGAGCAAAUCCGGGCAGAGGAGAGAGAAGCCUCGCGGAAACGUGCCUUGGAGAAACGCCCACCGCCCAAGAAAAUCCCUGUUCAGGCGUCCGCAACAGAGACAGACCAAGUAGCUGAUGAAGGGUCUUCCUCGCUGUUUGACUCUGACGAGCGUCGCGAAGCCGUCACAUCCACUCGAGUUGAAGGAGGCGACAGCGCUCUUGAGACGACUCAAUCUGCCUCAGAUGUAAGGGCAAAGGUGACGCCCGAAUCCGCCGUGGCCGGCAUUUACCACGUCACCCCUGCAACGUCUCGGCUCCUGCUUCCGACACCGCCGUCGACCUCAAAGCUAGGUGUCCAGGACUUACCAUCAUCCUAUCCUCUUUACAGACAUCUCCAUGAACGAGGGUACUUCAUGACCCCUGGCCUACGGUUUGGGUGUCAGUAUACCGUGUAUCCCGGCGAUCCUCUGCGGUUCCAUUCCCACUUCCUUGCCGUCGGGACCGAAUGGGACGAAGAGAUCGAUCUUAUGGAUAUCGUUGGUGGCGGGAGACUAGGCACCGGCGUGAAGAAAGGAUUCCUGUUGGGCGGAGCAGACCCUAACGGUGGUGUUAGGACAUUUAGCGUGGAAUGGGCAGCAAUGUGA